UUUGCUUCGAAUGAAAUCCUGAAAUAUUUGGCCACACUAUCAUGGAAAAUUUUACUAGGUGCCUAGCGUAUUGGUGUCUAAUGUCUUCAGACUGGGGGAAGGGUGGCUAGCUAUGUAGUACUGUUGAAGGGCAAAUGGUCUGUAAACUGAAUAAUAACAACUUAAGAGGCAAGAGGAGAAAGUUUCUUCUCAUUCAUACAGGAAGGUGAGAAUGCCAAAAUCGAUUGGAGUAAAAUACUGACUGAAAGUUAUGAGUUAGCUGAAGAGUGCCUAAAAACAAACUACUAUGGCGCCAAAAGAAUGACUGAAGCACUGCUUCCACUCCUUCAGCUAUCCGAUUCACCAAGGAUUGUCAAUGUUUCCUCUUCCAUGGGGCAGUUAAAGAGCAUACCAAAUGAAUGGGCUAAAGGAGUGUUAGGUGAUGCUGACAGCCUCACAGAAGAAAGAGUGGAUGAGGUAUUGAGUGAAUUUCUGAAAGAUUUUAAAGAGGGUUCUUUAGAAACCAAAGGGUGGCCUGGUUUUAUGCCCGCCUGUAGAGUUUCAAAAGCGGCUCAAAAUGCCUACACAAGAAUCAUGGCCAAGAAGUAUCCAUCUUUCCGUGUCAAUUGCUUCUGCCCUGGCUUUGUCAAGACUGAUAUGAAUCACAAUACUGGCUACUUCACGAUUGAUGAAGGUGCAGAAGGUGCUGUAAGGUUAGCGCUACUGCCCAACGAUGGUCCUUCUGGCCUAUUCUUUCGUCUGAAUGAAGUGUCAACUUUCGAUUAAAUAUCAGCCAUUU